AUGGAUGGCAUCGCAACACUUGACUUUGACUACUUCCCACCAUUCCAGCAUGUGAUACCAGAGGAGAAUCUCUCAUCUGCUAACUUGCCGCCAUUUUAUCGUCUGCUCUGUGAUGCUCAGGCGGUGGCCCUAUCCAAUUGGGGGUCCAAGGGGAACAUAGCAAAGGAGCUACUUGGACUAUACUGGCCAGCGGACUUUAAUACAGACGGGAAGCUCAAGAGGAACCGCUUGUCGUGGAGCAUCGGAAACCAGGUCCGUCCCGCACAGCGCCAUCAUCUCACACACCAAAGCUGUGGAAGGCCAAUGAAGUCGAUGCCAUCCCAGGCUGCUGUUGAUGAAGAUGAUGACUUUAAAGCAGCAGAAAAUGGUAGCCCCAGCAAGGCCGACCGGCCAUGCAAAGUUGUCCUCCUGCAUGACUCAAAGGAAAGCGAGCGCGUGGUCGAGCUUGAAUAUGAAAUCGACCGGUUGAAAGCAAGCUUGAAGCGUUCCGAGUCGCAGCUGGAAGGGAUGCGGUCUCAAAUGAACCAGGUAGAAACAGCAAUGUCGGUGAGAUCGGAGCUGGUCACAAAUGCAAUUGUCAACUAUCACUUUUCGCGAGCAAACCUGGAGCUGCUGUCGCCCUCGAUCUCGUCCCUGGUAGACGAAUCCGUCUCUGCGGAUGAUCUCUCCGAACUUGCUGGCGGCGCAGCUACACUCGACCAUCGCAUCAAGGUUAUCCAAGAGGUUGCUCGCCGAUUGCAAAUACCAGUAUCUAUCCCCCCGGAAAUCAUUGGUGAACCAGACGACUCGGACCUACCAGUUGAUCCCAGCAUUGCCUGGAACAUGCAGGUAGGCCAGAACGGCAAGUAA